AUGCGUGAUGCCGGUGAGUGGACGGGCCUGCAUCACGCCGUGUGUCAGGGCCGCGCCGGCGCCGUUCAGACGCUGUUGGACGCCGGCGCUGCCGUCAACAUCGCCGACCAACACGGCGUGACGGCGCUCCACAUCGCUGCUGCGGAGGACAACGUCGAGCUGUUCAGGCUCCUGCUGGAAAACAAGGCUGACCCUAAGAUGAGCGUUGACCCUAAACUGAACGUCAGCAGAGCCAGGAACAAGUUACCCGGCAUCAGAGCUAGCAAUCCUGUUCAAGUGAGCGACGGAGGAAGCCAUCGGUCCAAGAAGCGUUUAACGUUUAAGAAACGUCGCAAAGUUGUUGCUUGGGAAGCGUCCGCAAACGUUGCUGUCACGCAGUGUCAUGGCAUGAAUCAACCAUCCGCAUUUGAUGACCAAGAUGCCGUGUAUGCGCGGGUUGAGCCCUACAUUAAGUUGCUCGGAGGCUCCAGCCUCCUGCACUGGGCUGUUGCUAAGGGACACAGCGACAUCGUGAACAGCCUUCUUGAACGCGGUCUCAAGGCUGAUUCCCGUGACUCCUACGGUCGCAGUCCACUGGGCUUGGCGAUGUGGGAGGGCAACAGCGAAAUUGUAGAUCUUUUGCUGCAGAAAAACCAGCAACGCGAGAAGGUCGAACUCACUUGCGAGGACAAGAAUUGGAUGCGCAUAAUGAGUGAAGAAGUCGGAAUGCGUAUCGUAAAAUGUAUCAAAGAUACCGACGUGUGCGAGCUCACGGCAUGUCGCCCAGACGGCAUGUCUCUACUGCAUGUUGCUGCUGAGAAAGGCUACCUCAAAUUGAUGAAGGAACUCUUGUCUCUGAAGGUGAACCCGAACUUACGGAACGCCCAGGGUGCGACGCCACUCACCUCGGCUAUUUGCAACAAUCAGUUGGCGUGUAUCCAGAAUCUGCUGGACUCUGGCGCUAAGUUAAGCAUCACGGACAAGACAGGCGCCUCAGCACUGCAUGUAGCUGCCAAGAUAGGCAACGUGAUGGCAGUGACUUUGCUUCUCAAUCGCGGCAAGGAAAACGGACGCAACAUCGAUAUCAAUAAAUGUGAUCACCUUGGCUACACACCGGCAUAUUAUGCCAUCAAUGAAGGCAGAUAUGACAUCGUGCAGCGGUUUCUGGACUACAGUUUGGUUGAAAAAGUUCACGUCAAAGCCAAAAAUGAUGAAACUCUGUUGCAGUUUUUCACUGAAGGAAAUAACCUGGGCCAGUUUGACAAUGCGUUAGUGCGAGUGCUGGAGUGCGAGAAGCAGCUUCAUGAAUCCAAGGCGGUCGCCGAGAUGUGCCUCCGAGUCCAGCUUGGAACCACCGAGGCCUCGACCAAAGCCAGGAGCCAGCUGCAGGCCAUGUACGCAUCGACGCCCGCUCAGCAAUGCUGCUGGAACUUCUGGUUCUUCUUGUCGUGUUUCCUGAUGCCUUCCUUCUUGUUUUGUCUCGACGUCGGCUCCGAUGUACUGCUGGCACUCGAGUACUACGAGGGUUUCAUGAAUGCAAAUUACAGUGAAGUAUCUGAAGAUGGAAGUUUGAUGAGCAUGAAUCAAGACGGAACUAACUUCGUGCUGACGAUGCUCUUCAUUCUCUUACCAGCCGCGCUUCUAUCGAUGUGGUCGUUCUACAUACACGUCACACAGGGAGACAUCUUGCCGAUUAUGAAGAACAAGCAUCCCACUGUCAGACUUUUGUUGUACGUGCUGAUGUUUUUGCCGCCAUUGGCACCCAUCUUCGUCCACCUGGAGAACACCUACGCGCAGAUGAAACAUUUGAACCUCCUGUUGCUUUAUGACCGGAACAACCGGUGUGAGUACAACGAGUCCUAUGACCCCGACAGUGACGAUAAGAUUAGAAAAUACAGCGAUUUCAAGCACAUUGCGCAAAUGAGGGUGGCCAUCUUUAAUGUCAUGGAGGCCACUUUGGAGUCUGCUCCGCAGCUCAUCCUGCAGCUCUACAUCGUCGGCACUCAGUACACGGACCUUGUCAAGGUGCGAGAGGUGACCAUAGGAGCCAUAUUGACGAGGUCUUCAGACGGGCAAGAGGCGAGGCUUUACAAGCAGGUCUUCUCGGUAGCCAUAUCCCUGGUCACGCUCAGCUGGUCCUUCACGAGCUAUCACAGAUUUUCAAAGCUUGGCGGCCUCCCAAUUCUAAGUGCACUGCCUCUGCUGUUUGCUAUAUUCUUUCAGGUGGUGUCCAGAGCAAUCGCGUGCACCAUCUUCACGCUAGCUUACACUUGGCGCAUUUUUGUUGCUCUGGGCGUGCAUUUCAUCAUUAUGUUGUCGUUCAAACUGCGUCUGGAAGACAGCUCGUUGAUUCCUCGACGCCCUCAUCACUGCUGCCACAGUCUUAUAUCCACCCUCCAGCCAUACUUCUAUGUCUUCCUUGGUACCUUCGCAUCGACGCUCGUCUACUUUAGACUUGAAACUCCGUCCGUCACUAAGAAACAACUCAGAAGACGCCACUCUACCGUUAUUAUACAGGGACUGUUCGUUCUGUUGUCGUUCCUGGAGAAUUUCCUUCUGUUGUCUGUGGGAAUGGCUGGCCUGGACAAGAACGAAUACGACACGACCUUCAUGGCGGUAUCAGGGUCUAUUUGCGUGCUGAGUUACUUCACAGGUUACGUGCUCCAAGGAGUCUACUACGCUUGCUUCGGACACCCUUGGGUUGAAAUCAAUGGACCAAAGUUUGAGAAAUACGAUGAAAAGGCCUGGAUAGUCUCCUAUUUUUGGCAAGGCAAGAAGAAGAAAUACAUAAUACGAUCAUGCUGGGACAUCUUCCAUUGGGAAGGACAUGCGUUCGAAGAUGCGCUGCCCACUUCUGGGGAAGAGACGAAGAGCCUAACGGCGGAGGAAGGUGUGACUGUCGCUACAGAUGUUAAUAUUAUUUCGAUGGAGUCUAUGAUCUGAGAAUUUCUAGGCAUUUUUUCUCGGUGUAUGAUUAGAGAAAAAAAAACACUACGAAUAUUUAAGAGGGAAAGUGGUGUUUUUAAGACUGACCUUGUAAAAGUAAGAACAGCAGUGAGGUGACAAUACAACUUUGCAUAGGCUACUCCAGGUGUAGAAGUGUUUUAUUUUUACACCUGGAACUAGUAACAUUUUUAUUACUAGAAGAGAAGCAAAUACACGGCUCCUGCAAAUACCUGACAAACCAAAAUAUGAGUCAAGCGCUUUUUGCCUUCUAACUAUCGUUUCAGUUUACCCUGCAUUUUUCUUUCCACCCUGAGCCACCUCUUGAUCUUUUCCCACAUUUCCUUGUCAUCAAUAUCACCACUAUCAAUCCAGUUAAUUCACGGAAAGAGACUGCCAUAUAGUGCUAAAAGUACCAAGUUUAUUCAGUGCAGGCUUAUCCUUGUAAACUGUCCAUGUACUCAGUCACAACACAAACGCUCAUGCACGUUUCAUGUUUGAGGAGUAGAUAAAAAUCUUAUGAAAUAUUGCCAAAAUCAUCGCGAGGAAAUACAGCAGUAACAUUUUAUAAAAUAAUAGAUAUGCCGGAGAAACAGUCAUUACUGUCGUUGUUCGCUCUUUUUCCAUAAUUCUUGAUGAGAUAAUAUUUACGUUUUCGUUAAAGUUUGAUCUGAAGUUUCACGAUUAAAAUAAUACGCUGCUGUCAUUUAUGAUGCGCAUGAACUCUACAUAACAAUCCACAACAGCUUGUUGAAAUCUUCUGGACAUGGUUCGCUGCAUGCUGUAUGAUUCAUUCAUUGCUACGUUUUCCAUUAAUUACUGGGUGAUGAGAUCAGAUGCAAAUCCAAUCAGUGGGUGAUGAGAUCAGUUUCUGAUUUGAUCAGAGGGUGAGAUUUGCGAUUGGAUUCAAGCAUGAAACGCUUUGAAUGGGCAAAUUUGGCGGGCGAUUAGCAGUGAAGAAUUGCGUAAGAAACAGGAUAAAAGUGAGGAGAGUACUGAUGCUUAGACUCGAAGUUCAACACAGGCGUUCGUGAAACCGAUUAAAAUUCACUAAUUUUUGUCGAAUACCUAUUGAGUGAUUGGUCGUGCAAUGGGAGUUGUGAAUGUCAGUUGCUAAAAGAGAAAUCUAACGACAGGCAUAUCGCAGGUCAUAUGUUGACCACUUCUACGAUAAAUAUCUCGUUUAAUCCCUGCAUGGAAUCUACCGAAGAACAAUUGGGGAACUUGACUUCAACUUCAGUGACACGAGAUGGUGGCAUGUAGGUUGAUUAACUUGGGUCUUCAAGGCAAUUUAAACUUAUCUUUUUAUUAUGUAGGAAAAUAAAGUUUAGUAUUUAUUUAAGGGAUUCUAAAAAAAAUUUAGGUUUGCUGGUUCCUGAAUCCUUUGAUUGUGAUGCAGAUAUAUUAUUUUUUUCUUUCAUUAAUUUCACCUGUAACUGAAUGUCACCUCGUACACAGUUAAAUGCUGCGGAACACAUACAUUUUUUGCACAUUGGCACCAAAGUUAAAUCGUUCAACAACUGGCGCACAACACUUUUCCCACCCGGGGAAAGGUGUGUAACUCUUGCCUAGAACAAUCUUGUACAACUCGUGGUUCUUUAAAACAUGAUAAAAUUACGAAAGUUCGUUUUAAAUCAAAAACACUGAUUUCACAACAAUUCGAGCCGAAACAGUAAAACUCACAAACAAACUAACGAAUAUGACGCUGGUUUAGUCCUUUCAUCUGAUCUUUCUCCUUCUCGGCACUUGAUUUACUAUACUUCGAUCUGUGACUCCCUGCACUAAUUAAUCAUGAUUUCAUUUUUCAUCAGUAAAUCAUUUUUCCAUAAUUUUAACACAAUUCGAAAAUUUGUUAUAGGGGAAUUGUUUCGUUAAAUUGACUAUCAGCGGCUCCCAAAUAAUCUUUACUUCAUUGUCUCCAUCAUUCGAUUUUUCGUUUAUCUUAGUAUCAAUAAUUAAGAUAAACAUAAUAUUUUCUUCAGAAUUGUAUUUGUUAGUUUUCAAUCCUUUCAAAGUUGUGGUAAUUCCAUGUUAGCUAUAUUCCUCAAUUUCCUCGUUCGACGUUUCAUAUGAUACUCGAUCGAGUAAAUACAUCAAGCCAUUAUUGAUAAUUGAUAUUUUAUCAUUGAAAUGAUUAUUACUACCAUCCGCUUUCGUUACAGCCAUUUUGGUAUACUAUAAAAGGAAAAUUUCAGAUGGUAGUAGAAACUGAUCUUAAUUCCGAAUAUAAUAGUGAUAUAAUUGUGUUCGCGAUUCAAAUCAGUUUCAAUUUGUAGUUUAUAAUCAUGAGUUUUUAUUUUUUUAAUUAAUUAAUCAACUUUUACAGUUUCAU